CCGUGUAACAAGAUAAAUAAGAUUUGCCAUAUCUUUCUGUAAUCAAUAAUCAUAAGAUAAGACUGUCAUAUCUGGUUCCUAUUUGGUCUUAAACUUGUAGACAUUGCAUUAAGGUUAGGCUCCACUCGCAUUUUGGCACGGAACUUCAGUUUACUUUUUCCUAUUAUUCCCCAACUUUUUUUUCGCUGUUGGUUUCAUCUAGUAUAUUUAUCACUAUCUAUUCUUUCAAAUUUGCAUACCCCCCAUAGUAUAUAAUUUUAAUGGAUUUCAAAAAUGAAGAAAAUAAAACACAGCGCCCGGUUUCGUCACCACGUUUCGUUUAUUUGGAUGAAAUCCACAAUUCCCAUUGCCAAAAACAACCGUCAAGUUGUAGCUGUUUUACAACGGCAUGGAUUUGGGCCAGUUCACCCGUACAGGUCGAAUGUGUUCGUGGUGGUAUGUGGAUAUUGUCUCUUGAAAAGAAAAAUGUCGACACAAUUUGGAGUGGAAUCAUAGCUCUUCUUUCGAAAAAUCAACUGGGUAACCUAGCCAAAGUCUCCAUUAAUGAAAGAGGUGAAAUGCAUAAAAUUUGCUUGUACACUUAUGACUUCAAGGAUGUUCGAGAUGUUUUCCGAGUGCUUGUGACAUUGCGGCGGAUGAAUCACAUUGAAAAUGAUUUCUUGGAAUACGUAACAGAAGUUCAUGAUGUAGAAGAAGCCGUCAACGGAGAAGACUUUAAAAGAAGAAUGGAGGAACCAAGUAAAGAAUCGAUUGUUUCUAUAUAUUCUUCACCACCUGUGGGUGUAUGGAAAAAGACAAUUGAAACUAUUAAAAUGUACCAUCUGCUUAAUAUUGGUUCUGACUCCAAAGUUGGUUUGGUGGCGCAACUAAAGAAAAAUUUCACUAUCAACAGUGAAGAGAUAAUCAUUUUCUACAACCCACCCAUACAAAUCCAAAUUACAUCAUCCGUGUCACGUCCUUGCACAUACGAUGAACUCAUCGAUUACGAAGAUCAAUUUCACGAAUCCCUUUGCAAUAAGCAGCCUUCAACUUGUUGUUGUAAAAAUAUUGGAUCGAUUUGGGCUGUUCCAUUUGUAUGGGUAAUAUCUAUUCAUAGAGGUAAAUGGCUGCUCUAUCCAGCACAGGAAAAUGUCGACGAAAUUUGGGAGAAAGUCAAGAUUCUUACUGCGGCCAAUCGACUUGGGACUGGCGCCAAAAUUACAGAUGGGACAGUAAUUUGUGUAUACACCCAAAACUUUGAGGAUGUUCAAGAUGUAUUUUGAGUGCUUGUAACAUUGCGACGUAACCGCCUACAAAAUACUUUCAUGAAUUACAAGACGGAUGAGGCGUCAGUGCAAGGAGUGUUUAAAACCGACAGAGCAGCCAAGAGAGCCGGUUUUGACUCAGCAGCAAAAUUAAAACCUGGACAAAGAGUAUCGAUGUACUUCUCGCCACCCAGCCCAACCGUUUCUACAGGCGCUGCGGAGUUCAUUCAGCUCUUCUUAAAUAAUAUCGGACCCGAAUUUAAAAGAGGUCUUGUGGCAGAACUAAGAAAAGAACCUCAUGACCUCGAGGAUAACAUAAUUUUUUACAAUCCACCCAAGAUACUACAACCGUCUGCCCAAUCUUUAGUUCCAAAUCUAUCUGAAUUAUCUGACUGAUGGAAAAAGUUUUCCAUUUGAAAGCAUGUUUCAUGUUUGUGGGAAGUGUUGAGAAACUAACGUAUCGAAAAUCUUUUCCUGCGUAACUUUUUACUGAUUUGUUGUUGUUUUUAUUGAUUUCAGUAUUUCGUUAAUUUCACGCAUACAAAUGCGUCUUCAAAUAGUUAAAUACACUAUUUUGCAAGUUAA